AUGCCUUUUCUGCCGUGCUUGAAAAAACAGAAGCCACCUGUGCCUUUAGGCAGGAGUAUCUUUCAGAAACACACCCCACCUGUCCAGCAGAACUACCAGGCCUUGCUGGAGAUGUGCUUGAAGAACAAAUGCCUAUUCACAGAUGACAACUUCCCUGCUCACAUCAGCUCUAUUGGAACUGGAGCACUGCUAAAGAAACUACCCCAAAAUUUACAGUGGAAGAGGCCACAUGCUUUGCACAGAAGUCCUUUAUUUUAUGCUGCAAACAGAAAGCAACUUGAUCUUUGCCAAGGAUUGGUGGAGAACUGCUGGUUCCUGGCGGCCCUGGAAGCCCUGACGUUCCACCAGGACAUCUUGGCUGCAGUCGUGCCACAAAACCAGAGCUUUGAGAGGAAAUACGCCGGCAUUUUCCACUUCCGGUUCUGGCACUUUGGUGAAUGGGUUGACGUGGUGGUUGAUGAUCGUCUGCCGGUGAAUGAGGCAGGGGAGCUGGUCUUUGUUUCCUCAGUCUACAAGAACGUGUUCUGGGGAGCCCUUCUGGAGAAGGCAUAUGCUAAACUUUAUGGCUCCUAUGAAGAUCUGCAGACUGGGCAAGUUUCAGAAGCCUUGGUGGAUUUUACAGGUGGUGUUAAUAUAAGAAUCAAGCUUGCAGCAGCUCCUCCUGAUCUGUGGGAUAUCCUGACAAGAGCAACCUACAGCAGAUCUCUCAUGGGCUGUCAGACACAUUCAGGGGCAACAAAGGUCCUGAAGAAUGGGCUUGUUGCUGGCCAUGCCUACACAGUAACUGGUAUUAGAAAGGUGACCUGUCAGUAUGGACCAGAAAACCUAGUGAGACUGAGAAAUCCGUGGGGAAAAAUUGAAUGGAAAGGAGACUGGAGUGAUAGCUCUUACAAAUGGGAGCUGCUGAGCCCGAAGGAGAAGAUUUUGCUGAGGAAAAAGAAGGAGGAUGGAGAAUUCUGGAUGUCUCUGCGAGAUUUUAAGAUUCAUUUUGUAGAUCUGAUGAUCUGUAAAUUAACUCCAGACCUGAUGAGCCAGGAAGAUGGGAAGAAGUGGAUGUACUCCCUGAAGAGUGGGAGAUGGGUUAAAGGAAGCACAGCGGGAGGAAGUCUGGGAUUCUGUAAUGGCACCUUUUGGAUGAACCCUCAGUACUGGCUGAAUGUUUUACCCGUUGAAGACAGUAAGAAAAGCCUGUGUUCCUGCAAUGUGGUUAUAUCCAUGAUGCAGAAGCACACCAGCAAACACCGGAACCGAGCUCCGCACCUCUUCAUUGGCUUUUCACUCUACAAGGUGGACCUGGAGUACCAGGAAAGCAACAGAAAGCUGCCCCCAGCUUUCUUCACCCGACAUCAGCCUGUGAACAAGCACCAGGUCUUCGUUGAUGAGCGUGAAGUGACUCAUGACUUCCAUCUGGAGCCUGGUGUCUAUGUGAUUGUCCCGUCCACCCUGGAGCCUCAGCAGGAGUCUGAAUUCAUCCUGCGGGUCUUCUCCAGGAAGCAUGUUUUUUGGGAAAUGGGCGGGAACACCAGUUUCACUCUCUCUAAGGAAAUUGUUGAUAGGUAUGAAGGCAAGAUUUGGGAGGAUUUCUUCACCAAGCAUUUUGAACAAAACCCUGAAAUAAAUGCUGUUCAGCUGCAGAAGAUCCUGAAUAAUAUAUCUUUGAGAAAUUUCCAGAGUUUUUGCCUGAGUUUCAGUCUGGAUGCCUGCCAGGGUAUCUUGGCACUCCUGGAUCUGAAUGCCUCUGGCACACUGAGUAUCCAGGAAUUCAGAGUCCUGUGGAAAAGGCUGCUUUUCUAUUUGGAAGUUUUCCAGAAAAGAGACGCUAGCAGAUCAGGAAAACUUGACCUUGUGGAAUUGCAUGCAGCUGUACAGGAGACAGGCAUUUCACUCAGCAAUGAAGUCUGUAAUUUGAUGGCAAUCAGAUACGGUGACCCUGACUUGAAGAUCAGCUUUGAGAGCUUUGUGUGCUUCAUGCUUCGAGUGGAGAUCAUGGGAGAGGCCUUUCGCAACUUAACACAAGAUGGCAAAGGGAUAUAUCUCCGGGAAUCUGAGUGGAUGAUGAUGACGCUAUAUUCCUGA